ACUUGCUUUUGUCAGGCUGGUGAGAGGAAGUCAGUAAAGCCAUCCAAUGACGAGGAAGCUCAGGAAGAUAAAGAGAUUGCCACGGAAGACACCUCGUUAGAAAAAGUUGAUCCUUCAGUUAGAUCUCCUCAGUCUGCUCUGAGUAAUGGUAUUGCACAGACAGGGGGAGAUGAUUCUUUGGCUGAUUCGAGCUCCCUAAAGAAUCAAGAUGAUGACCAUCCUAUUGAGAAUUCGAAAGAUUUGGAUGCAUCAAGCAAAGCUGAGCCGGAAACUACGAAUACCGAGAAGGUAGUUGAUUCGGAUCAAAAGGCAGAGCAGACCACCAAGAACAGAGGAAAAAAAUCUAGUUCAUCAUUGCAAUCUACACCACCUUUGGAAAGUCCUCAUGCUGAUAAUGAGAACGAAAAAGAGAAACUCUCUCACCAGGAAGGUCAAGGUGAUGAUUUGCCUGGUUCACCUACCGAAGAUCCAUCUGCUGAGGUAGCUGAACCUUUAAAAGACGAUAAAGGGUCUGAUGAUAAGGUUUCCUCACCUAAGGUAUUGGAGAACGAAUCUGCUGAUGUUGCUUCCAUGUCACCAAGUGAGAACCUUCCUGAUGAAAGUCAUUCAAACAAAUCUGUACAAAAGAAGAAAGAUACUUCUGAUAAAGAGGCUGCACCAUCUGCAGAUGACCUUUCGAAAAAGGUUGCUGAUGUUACAAGUGAUUCGGAGGUAAAACUGAAUAGGCGUGCCGGGAAAAAAGUGCCAGCUGCUAUUUCCAAUGUGAAUAAAGUUUCAACAGAGAUUGAUGCAUCCGUAAAGGAUAGUGAAACCACAAGUGAUUCAGAGACAAAGCCGUUGAAGCAGUCAGUUAAGAAAAUGGAUAAAAGCAGUAAAAAUGAACAUGGAUCCUCUGCAAAGAAGGUGGAGGAUAAGAAAAAGCAGGGUCGGGGGAAAGCUGUCUCUGAGAAGAGUGUAACAAAAGCUUCUGUAAAAGAUGAUAGCAAGGACAUAAUUGCUUCACCAAAGUUGUCAGUGAAAUUAACCAAAAUUGAACAUAGCUCUGAGGAGACCCCAAAGACUAAUUCAAAGAGAAAACGUACUCCAAGCAAAGUAAAGGAGUCUGGUGAUAAAGACUUUGGUGAGAACAUUGUUGGUUCAAAGGUUAAAGUUUGGUGGCCGAAGGAUCACAUGUUUUACGAAGGUGUCAUCGAGUCUUUUGAUCCAGUCAAGAAGAAGCAUGAUGUUUGGUACAAUGAUGGUGAUAAAGAAACAUUGAAUCUUAAAAGAGAAAAGUGGGAGUUUAUUGGAGAUGACUCUGGGUCAGAUGAGGAAGAAGAAACUGGCCGUUCAAGUCCAGAUGCUUCUACCGAAACGCCUCUGAAGAAAGCAAAGACAAAAUCUGAUGAGCCGCCAACUAAACAAAAAAAGGUUGAAGGAUCACCCAAAAAGUCUGGAGGAGCUUCAGCCAGCAAAUCGAAAGGCACAGCACAAAAAUCUGGACAGGGUGGUAAAUCCGACGGCAAAUCCAAAGAUGAUUCGAAGUCUGUUGGCAAAUCGAAGGAUGUGAGUGGUGGCAAAUCUAAAGACCAGACGCCAAGAAGUGGUAGUAGCAAAUCAGCUACCAUUACUUCAAAAUCGUCCAGCAAGUCGAAGAAUAAUGAUGCUCAGAAGUCCAAGACCACCAAAUCCAAGGAUGAAAGCAGCACGCUGUCCACCAAGUCCAAGCAAGACACCCCGAAGGCUGGGUCCAAGCAAGACACGUCAAAGGCUGGUUCUAAGCAAGACACCCCAAAGGCUGGGAAGUCGAAGUCAAGCACGCCAAAGGCCGUCUCGGUUUCCAAGGAUAAACCCAACCAGACCAGUGGGAAGUCCAGUGCUAAUGGUACUGGCAAGGUAAAGUCUGGUUCUUCAAAAGUUAAAGGGAAUGAGGAUGGAAAGGAGGACGCUUCCGAUUCAGAGAAAGUGGUCGAAACUACAAAAGGAAAGUCGCCAAAUCCAUCCAAGGGACAGGAAAGCGAGGUGAAGACAGGUAAGAAGCGACGGAGAGGUACAAAAGGUUGAAUUCAGCCUUCUGCCCAUUUCCCCCAAGGGUUGUGUAGCGCUGCAAUUCAUAGUAGACACACACAUCGGUUACUUGUCAUCAUCAGCUUUGACAUGGUUUCCAGGUUGUGGCUAGCGGUUGUUAAUUUGACAGUUAGUCGUAAGUUUAUAGAGCGGUUUGUAGGGUUCAGAUGUUUUUUUUUUUUCUUUGCAUUCAUGUUUUUUUAGAUGGAAUUAUUGUUGUUCAGGAGGAAAGAGUAGAAUCCAUUUGGGUUAGUUUUGUUGAACAGAAUGGUUUUAUAGAUAAUGUCAUAGAUCCGCAAACUUGGGGUCAGAAUCAGACGGAUCUGCUCAGAUGAGAUGAUUACUGCCCUGCCCAUGAUGCAUUUUCGAACAAGAAUCACUAACCUUAUUGAGGUGUUACCAUUGAAUGCCAACAACAUUGGAUAUGUUUUAAUGAUUAGUAUUUAAUUGUUUAAUAAAUGGAGGUGUUCAAUGUUCAAU